CCCCGCCUCCAUCGCGCUUUGCCCCGAAUCGCCGGCAAAGGAGGCAGGAAACCUACGAAUCAUCGCCCCUCUCCGUCGUCGCUCGACCGAGUGGCGGCGGUCCCGAACCUCGGCGGAGAAACGCCGCGGCGGCGCCAUAUUACGCGUGGCCUCGCGCGGCUCGCGCCAUUGUGUUCGGCGAAAGCGUCCCUGGUUCGUCGUCGUCGUCCUCGUCGUCUACGUCGUUGUCGUGGUGCCACGCUGCCAGAGACCGGGAGGAGGAGAUUAUGGCGAACGACUCCGACAGAUCGGCCGAGCUCAGCAGACGUUGCGACGAGGAGUACCAGAUGCAGCUGUUCGGGAUGCACUCGAGGACCGUUUCCGUAGCCAUAAACCAGAAGAUAAAAGAAAAUGUGGAUACUCGAUGCGAGAAGAUACAUGCUUCGAUUGAAAAAAAAUACAAUCCAGAUGUCAAAGGAAAGGAAAUUCUGAAUAACAAUAUUAAACAAUUAAGAAAAACUUAUCUACAAAAUAUGCAACCACAUUUGAUAACCAUACAGAAUAUUGUCGAUAAAUUCAUUUGUGUACCCAAUAAUGUAUUAUUGGAGGAGGAUAAAUGCCAGGCAGUUCAAUACAAUGAUGAAGAAUUUCAUAAUUUGGAAAGAAAGUUGGAAGAUCUUCAAAAUGAAGCCAAAAGGGUUACUAUAUUCAACGCAGCAUUGAAAGAAGAAUUGGAAGUGAUAGAACAAAUAAAGGAUUCUGAAGAUUUGGCAAAAGAAUUAUGCUGCAUAGUGGAUAAAAGCUUAAGUACUAAGAAAUUGAGUAAUAAAACUUUACGUGCGAUAGAAAAAUAUAAAGGUCUUAAAGAAUCCAUUGAUUCGCUUAAACAGCAAAUCGACAAAGACAAUUUUAAUCCCAGAUUAAAUGACAAUGAAUUAGAGGAUAUCAUUAUUCGUGAUGAUUAGUAUUUAUUAAUUUUUUAAUCAUAUAAAUUAGAUGUUUUAUAUAUUAAUAGAUUGUUCGUGAUAGGUUAAUUGUGCAUUGUUUUUAACAAUUCGACUGCCAUUACGAAAUGACAAUUUUGUAAAUAUUGUAUAAUAUCGGUAUAAUUAUUUUUUUACCUUAUAAGAACAUAUUUAAAGAUGUAGUAUAAAAUGGAAUCUGUUUCUGUAAAUAUCAAAAACUAAAAACUUAAUUUAAUUUUACAAAAUAAGUUUGAUCGAUGUUAUCUAUGUAAAAU